UUGCUAUCGCCAUGAAAGUCAGGGCAAAGCUCAGCCACUGAGAGAUAGUGAGAGGACUGCACUGGGGAAUAUCUGCCCAGAGAAUACAAUACGUUUUCAGCUCAUUAAGUUGGAUAAACAAAUGGCUUACUGUAGGAGAUGCUGAGAGUCAUGGACAUCAGCAGGAAAACAUUGGAAAAUCAAUAACUCCAGAGGGGCGGUGGAGGAGCAUUAAUGGGAUGCCAUUAAAUCUACUUGAGGACGCCAACAGCCUACCUCAGUGCAACCCUUGUCUGGCACUAAAUUGAUGUUUAGGACCAGUGAGACAGCGAGCAAGAUGGGUAACGCCAUGCGAGGCGUCAUUGCCUUCAUUCCCUCAGAGCGCUGCCAGCGCUUCUUGGUGGGGGACCUGAAGGAGAUGCCACUUGAUCGGACCCUGGACCUGAGCACCCGGCAGUUGCGUCGGCUGCCAGUUACUGCCUGUGUCUUCGAUGAACUGGUGAAGCUCUACCUGAGUGACAACAACCUCAGCAGCUUACCGACUGAACUGCAAGGCCUGAAGAAACUGCAGCUCCUGGCCCUUGACUUUAACUGCUUUGAAGAGCUCCCUGCAGCUGUUUGCAGAUUGCCCCAGCUCAGCAUCCUUUACCUGGGUAACAACAGGCUUUACCGUCUCCCCAGGGAACUGGGAGAGCUCAAGGAACUUAAUACUCUGUGGCUGGAGACUAAUUGCUUCACGGUUUUCCCCGAGGUGGUUUGCCAGCUCUCUAAUCUCAAGACCCUGCACCUCGGUUAUAACCAAAUACAGAGUUUACCAAGAGAGCUUAGUGGGUUGGAAGAGCUAAGAAGUAUCUGGCUUGCAGGGAACCAGCUGGCAGAGUUCCCACCAGUGUUGCUGGAAAUGCAACUUCUAGCCGUCAUUGAUGUGGAUCGAAACAGAAUACGCCGCUUCCCAUGCCUGUCUCACAUGCAGGGGCUGAAACUUGUCAUCUAUGACCACAACCCCUGCUUUAAUGCCCCGGUAGUAGGCGAGGGAGUCAGAAGGGUCGGACGCUGGGCGGACAGCUCGGAUGAUGAACAGGAAGAUGGCGGGUCAAAAGCUGUGAGUGAGACUACAGCAGAGGUCACGGAAGCACACGCUGAGGAGGAACACAACAUGUAGGGUCAAGGAACAAAGUGACCUUCAGCUGUAGCGAGGCCUGGCAGUACAGGGUGACAUUCAAGUGAAACACUUAGAGUGGAGUGUUGUACAUCUGGCUGACGGCUGGUCCAUAUAUGGUAAAGACGGUCGAAUGAGCUUUAAUAUAAGACAGAAGGUAGUCCAAAAACAUGGCCUGUGUGAAAAGAGGAAAUUAGAAUCCUGAAAUAGAAAAUGUUUUUUUUUUUAUGUUUGAUUACACUGAGUGAAAUGUUGAAUUUGUAAAACUUUGUAUAUGCUAUUAAUUUUUUUCUGCUUUGUUUCUGCUGUUAUUUUACAUAUAUUGGGAAUUUUUAAGGUAGUAUCUGUGGGAUUUAAGCAGUACUGGCAAGCAUGUAUUCCUACUUAAUAAACAUUAGUGGUGUAUUUUGCAGACAUUCAUAUGUUUCUAUUCAAUGUAAUAUGCAGUUAGUUGUUGGUGAGGCUAUACCGUAGUAUAAUAACCGUAAUGUCAGAGGAUGCAUAACAAGCAUGAUGGCAGCAUGAACUCAACAGGUUAUGUGUGAGUUCUUACUUUACAGUGCAGGGACCGAGAAUAAGAAAAGGAUAUAGCUCAUUACAUAAAUUCUUGUUCCAGCAGAGUCUGGGAUAAUAGCUGUACCUGCUGAGGCUAAAUACAGUGAGGUUUUUUAAUAACAGUGAUGGAUGGUUUUAGUCAAUUAGUGCACUCCUUAUCCAGACCAAUGCAUAAUUCAUCUGAUAGAUUGGGGCUGUGGCUUUGAAUAAAGACUGCUAAUGGGCCGUAAUAUCAUCGCCAUAAGGUUCUGAACUGAAACAGAUCAUGAGUGCAGCUUUCCAAUUCCUCCGUGUACCAGGAAAAUGUGCUGUAAACAAGAUUAAAUGUCAUUCCACGAUGUAUCAUUUUUCACAUUUUGAAUCGUUUCUAAAAAAAAUGUAGGAAAAUUGAUUAAAACUGACCCUUUUACUGGAAAUGUGAUUAUUUUAAAAGGCAUGAACACACUGAGCUACUUUAUGUCCAGCCUUAAUUCAGCUUCCUGCUGAAAACAACUACUUUAUUGUGUGUGUUCUAAGUAAUUCUAGAGGUUCAGUGAUCAUAAAGAAGUCUUUAUGUGUCAUCAUUAAAGUGCUGUAUAGUGCAUGUCAAAGACAAACUUCUUGAGUCUGUUAAACUGCCCUCUGCCUCACCCAACUGAAAAAGGUUCCUCACAGCAAUAAUGAGCUGGGAGGGAAAUGUGUGGUUAUUUUAAGUACCAUAACAAAACCGGGCUCUGAAGUUAUCACAUUUUUCUUUAUGAUGUAGUUUGGUCUGUCUGGAAAGAGAGCACUAACACAACACUACGCUGUGGACAUACAGAGGCUCCCGAUCAUCUCAAAAUACAAAUAGAUUUCAUGUAGAAUUCAAGCUUUCCAUGCAAUUGUUGUUGAUGUCAAGACUUUUUAUUGCAGAUCAUUCCAAACAUCAGUUCCUUUCUUAACCUUUAUUGUUUGUGAACCAUGUAACUGUGCAUUUUAUUGACUCAUUACAUGGAAAUAUGAGCGUGUA